ACUUUUUUGUUUUUGGUGAGGUGUUUCAUUUUGGUUCUCUGAAAUUUCCACCACUGUUAUUAAACUAAUGGACUUUGAGUUGUUCAAUUUGGACGAAGACGAUGAAUUGUUAAGUACAGCUUGUUUAGAAGCUACGCAAGACCACUUGACGGCUCCGCAACAAACACAAACAUUAGCUGGAGCAAUUACAGAGACCGUCCUCCCCGAGUUACAAUGCAGCGGCGAGGACUCUACACAUUCCCAAUUUGCCAUCGAGGGAUUCGUAAAAUGUGGUUUUAUGCUGGCACAACCCGAACAUGCUUGGCGGCAAAUAAGCGAAGAAGAAAUCCUUACGGAAUUUGAGUUUGGUGUGAAACACUUGCUUGAACAUGACGCGGUGCAAUUCUUCUUCGGCAGUGCUUUUUUGCAUAUCCAACAUCUGUGGACUAGUGUCCGGCAGCCACUCAACACAAACGAAACGCACAGCAACUAUCAGCGCAGACAACAAAUAACGCAUUUGCUCUAUUUGUUGUUGCAUCACACAUCCGAAGAGCAGUGGUCACUGUUGCGGCCCAAAUUGGACAGUAUGCGUCGGUUAUUAAAUCGUACCACUGAAAUAGAUACCUGGAAGCUAAUCUACUUCGCCAAUAGUUGCAAAGGUAAUGAAUGCAAUGCGGCCGCAUAUCAUAUGUUGCAUGGCGCACUCGAGUGGAAAUUGUUGGAUUUGUGUAUUCUGUACAAAUUUGAAUUGUGUGCUCAUGUAGCGCAGUUAGAUAACAAUGCAAAGCCAAGUGCUACCUUUAUGUGCCAAUUGGAACGUUUAUUCGAGGACUUACUGGCGUGCUCGUUGUAUUUAUACACAAAAAAACGACCUGCUGAACUACUGCACAGUUCUCCUUUUCCCUGUACAUGCAUAAAGGAGUGUUGGUUGUAUGUGCAACUUGUGUUGGAGAAAUGGGAGCUUACCUCACUUGCAGUAGCUGGAGAGCAAAUACAGUUUUGGCACAUUUUCAAUGAAACAAUUUCAAAACUAAAAACCCAGUUGGAUAAAUUCGCACUAACUACAGUAUCGAUUGCCGAAUUCACAAAUUGGAUACUGCAUGCAUUGGUACGUUUGUUUGGCUAUCAAUCCAAUGGAAAGUAUGUUGGUCCAUCUCAUGAGCGCGCAUCUGUUGAUGCAGCAGAGAACUUUGAAAUUCUUGAACAAUGCACGCAACAGUUUCUUAAUGGAAAUCCCAGCGAGGAGCAGAUACGUGUCUUUAUUUGCCUUCUCACGCCAACACUAUUACAUUGGUGGUGUCCACGUGUAGGCAUACCUAUGCUACUGUGGGAGCACUUCCAUAAGCGACUCAAUGCAUCAUUCUACGCUGCAGGUUCUGCCCCAAGCAAUCUGGCAGUUGCUUGUGCCAGCGGUAAGGCAUAUGUGGAACGUUAUCGUGCGCUGCUCACACACGAAGAUGCUACUCACGAUGCUAAUUUAAGCAGUUACACGCUGUUUACGUUGCUAUUGGGCAAAAAUCUCCGAUGUUUAUUAGAAAAUACUGCGACGCGACAUCAAGCACAAAAACUGCUCGGGCGUAUCUAUACAAAAUUCAGUGCGCGAAAAUUUUUGGCAUUGAAUGAGACGGGUAUACACCACAUAAUUGAGUUGUUUUUGGCGUUAGCGCUCUGCGGCGACUUUGUGGAACUAGCGCCAAAACUAAGUACCAAACUGCUUUCCAUUGCGUUGGACAAAAUACCAGCAGGCCGCCAAAUUGCAGUCACUAAGGGCCAUAUGGCGCUACUAAUACUCUACGCCGAGCAGCGUUGCGAAAUUGACGAAUAUGUGGCGAAGAUUCUACAGCAGCUUUCGGCUAUAAAUAACGAUUUGAGCGUCUCAAAAGUACUGGCAGAUGCCUUAUUAGAUAUUUUCAUGCAAGCGGAUGAUUUUCGUCGCGGUGAGCACUUGCUCAUUGACUCAUGGCUGCCAAAUUUUCUUCAAACCUGCACCCCUGUGGAGCAAGAUCGCAGUCUAGAGGCGCUCCAUCUUAUAUUCGGUAAGCUACAGUGCAAUGAAGCGCUUAUCGAGGCCAACUCUGAACUGUUCCGAGCACUCAAUACGCACGUGCUGCCAUUUGUAAAGCAACAAUUUGCUUGUGGCUAUUGUCAGUGGCUGCCGCAGCUGGCGGCGGACUUUUGCACACAUGCAUGCACUGUGCCGGACACGCAGGCGUUUCAAAAACUAUUUACUUGCUUCAUCGAUGCGCCAGUGGCGUGCCGACAGUCUUUGCCACAGUUUCUACGCAAAGUAUUGCAAACAGAUCGUGGCGCGUUGAUUGAGCCAAAUGUGGUAAUACAUGUAUGGCUAAAGAGUUUGGUACAAUUGACCGCCAUCAACGAGGAUGUGGGUCAGUUGACGCGAUUCGUUGUGCAGCUUGAUGAGUUCAGAACGAUGACCAACGACUUGAAUGUGGAUGAGCUGAUGCAAGCAAAGGAGCCGCUCUGCGUCUUUAUAGCAGCAGUGGGCAAAUAUUACGACUUGUGCGCAACGGAUUACCAACGCCGCUUUCGCAUUGCGGACAAUUUGAAUGCAUACCUAAGAAAUUUUGACAAGUGGUUGCAGUCGGACCUAAAGCAAGAGAAAACAGAAGUGGCCUUUCGUUUUUACAGCUUCCUCGCGAUAGUAAUUUACAAUUGUGCUCACAUUGUCUACACGAAAUCCAAGGUAAAUUGCUUCUUUCAUGUCGUCAUGACGCGCUUUGUGCUGCCCACUAACGUGCAGAUGGGCAAAGCGCCAGACGGAAAGCUGGCGCAUUUGAUACAUAAAAUUUGGCCGGUGCUCGUGCAAGGCAUUGGAAGGUUAAAUUUUAGAGCCGACCCGUACAUCAGUAAAACGCUCACAGACCUGAUACAGAAGUGGACGCCACAUUUCAAAAUUUCACCAAACGCUAAAGUGGUUGCACGGCCUUUUGUCAGUUGUCUGCAAAGCGACAACAACGAGCUGUCUUUAUUCGUCUUCGAAAAGCUAACGAACCUAUUUUUAGCUACGCAACGCCGUCAAGCCGAUCCGAACGCCUGUCUUGUAGUUACAAUUUUUCAGGAAGUGGUCGAAUCAAUCGACACCAGUAGCAGUCCAAUCGACAUAUUAACGCUGCGUCUAGAUACUUUUAUGAAAGCCACGUCGCUACUCAUGCUCGAGCACGUCAUGAUGGUGGACGAGGUGGUGCCCAGUCGGGGACUUCUGCUCGAUUUAUUUAAACGUAUUGUCACCAGCACUACUUAUAAGAGUUCAGCUUCGCUGCAGGCACUACUCUCUGAACAUUUACGAAUGCUUACCAAGAAGCAUUUGGCCUAUUACACGUUCUUCUUCUUCGAUCUGCUGCAACGGCUUGCGCAAUUCACACCGGAGACGAUCUUGCAAAUCAUGGAGUUUUUAGUCGCUGAAGUGCGUGUCGUAGAACAAAAGCGAGGCGCUGGCGAGGAUAAUCGCAUGAGAGGUUGCUUGCAAAAGUUGCAGCAAAGUUUGAAAGGAGUUAGGCCAAAUUAGGAAGUGCGUGUAGUUCGUAACACGUUUAUUCGGGAGCGUGUCAUUAUUCUGUAUUACAAAAUUCUGGGUGACAAAAUUCUGUAAAUUGCAAAAGAAUUCUGCUUUUUUAAAAUUCUGCUUUCUAAAAUUCUGCUUUUCAAAAAUUCUGCUUUAUUCCAGUUUUGUGAUUUUCGUCAUACAAGAAGUAACAAAAUAAACAUUUAUUCCAUAAAUAUACAUAUGUAUAGGGUAUUUUUUUGAAGUGCGGCCGAAGGCCGCCCACGCGAAAAGAAGUUCUA